AUGAUUCGACUCAUUCUCACAUUCUGUCUUUUCUCAAUUCUCGUCGAUGCAACAGAUUUUGUAAUCAGAGAACAAAUGGUUUGCAACAUACGUAGCAAUUGGGGAUAUUCUAUUAGAUUUGUGGAAAUUGAUACUAUGUAAGUUAUAAAUUGCCACGUCAUAGCAAGUAUUGAAAAAUGUUUGUAGACAGGACGACGGGAUAUACGAAAAUAACUGGGUAUCUGUAAAUGGAAAUUCCAAUGGACCAAGGCAUGUUACUAAUUUCGUUUACAAUGCUGGUGAUGGAUGGCGUGAUCCACAUUAUGAGUUGGGAAUAAAAGUCACUCACACUUGUACAAACAAUGGAAAACAAUCGACAUUCACUCAGUACAUCGAUCAUGUUGCCGUUAGCAAUCAGUAUUAUUUGAAGGAGAUUGUUGGAUUUGUGUUGGAUAAUCGAUGA